CUUUGAACAACAAGUUUUGUGUGGAUUUGCUACACAGUCCAUCAUGAACGGGACAAAUGGAACCAACGGUCAUGCAGCUCCGCCAGGUCUCUGGCAGGAGGCGCGCAAUCCCGAGGGUCGCGUCUACUAUUAUAACACAAUCACCAAAGCUACACAAUGGACAAAGCCCGAAGAGUUAAUGACGCCGGCAGAGCGUGCGCUCGCAAAUCAACCAUGGAAGGAGUACACCGCAGAGGGAGGAAGAAAGUACUGGUACAACACAGAAACGAAGCAAAGCUCAUGGGAGAUGCCAGCGGUUUACAAGGAAGCAUUGGCCAGUGAAAAUGCGACCCAGACACCAGUUGCACCGGCUCCUACCUUUGUCGCUGGAGGAGGGUUCUCAACUUCACAAUUUGAUCAGCCGCGUGCAAAAGAGCCUCUGGGGGAGGCUCGUCAAAUUGCAUAUGGAAAUGAUACCAGCGGAAGUCGUGCUCAAGCUUUUGUCCCUGCGAAUACUGAUCCUGAUUAUGCUACUUUCGAAGAAGCAGAAGCAGCAUUCCUCAAGCUUUUACGCCGAUCCAAUGUCUCCCCUGAUUGGACUUGGGAAAAGACUAUGCGCUCGAUUAUCAAAGAUCCCCAAUACAGAGCUCUGAAGGAUCCCAAAGAUCGCAAAGCAGCAUUUGAGAAAUACGCCGUGGAGGUACGACUUCAGGAAAAAGACAAGGCAAAAGAGAGACUUGAAAAGCUCCGAACAGAUUUUGCUACAAUGCUGAGAAGCCAUCCAGAGAUAAAACAUUACACACGCUGGAAGACAGCACGACCAAUAAUUGAAGGAGAAACUAUAUUUCGUUCUACGGAUGAUGACGAUGAACGGCGCCAACUAUUCGAAGAUUAUAUCAUUGAACUCAAGAAAGCUAAUGCCGAGCGUGAAGCAAGCACUCGAAAAGCUGCGAUGGACGAGCUUGUCGAAAUUCUCAGGAGUCUUAAUUUAGAGCCAUAUACAAGGUGGUCUGAGGCACAAGGUAUCAUCCAGUCAAAUCAACGUUUUCAAGGUGAUCAGAAAUUCAAGGCACUCAGCAAGUCAGACAUGUUGACUGCUUUUGAAAAUCAUAUCAAAUCUCUCGAAAAGACUUUCAAUGAUGCUCGCCAACAGCAGAAGAACCAGAAGUCCCGCAGAGAACGACAAAACCGGGAUCGUUUCUUGGAGCUGCUGCAAGAGCUCAAGAGGAAUAACAAGAUCAAGGCUGGAUCAAAAUGGAGCAAAAUAUACCCAUUAAUCGCAUCAGAUGAGAGAUACACAGCCAUGCUUGGUCAGUCAGGAUCGACCCCUCUCGAUCUCUUCUGGGAUAUGGUUGAGGAAGAAGAACGUGCCUUGCGAAGCACCCGAAACGAUGUUUUGGAUGUCCUGGAUGAUAAACGUUUUGAAAUUCAGCAGAAGACUACAUUUGAGGAGUUCCUUACCUUAAUGCAGAAUGAUCGACGGACUGCUAACAUUGAUCGAGAUGCUUUAUCACUGAUAUUCGAGCGACUUCAUGAGAAAGUAUCCCGGCGAAGAGAAGACGAUAAGCACCAAGCUGAGCGUCUGCAACGUCGUGCUGUGGAUGCACUUAGAUCCCUGAUUAAGCACCUUGAACCUCCUGUCCGGGUUGAUGAUACAUUCGAGAGGAUUCUACCACGCAUCGAGAGGUCUGAAGAGUAUCUUGCUGUAUCAUCCGAUGAGCUGCGUCGUUCUGCGUUUGACAAAGUUAUCAGACGUUUGAAAGAAAAGGAAGAGGACGCAGAAAGGGAUCGUCUCAAACGCCGUGAUAGAGCUUCAGUGGAUAGACCUAUCCAUCGUGACCGAGACAGAGGUGAGAGAUCACAUCGCCCAAGUGGACGUCAUGCUAGGACAAGCCGCAGCCCCGAGCCAGAUGCAUACGAAGCAGAUAGACGAAAGGCAAUCGCCGACCGGGAAAAGAAUUAUCGCAAGGCUAGCGUCGCAGAUACUCUAUUGUCUCCUGGCCGUAGAGGCGAUCGCGGCCGCGAAAGAGAUCGUGAUCUCGAUAGACCAUACCGAGGCCGCCGCGACGAUUCAAUGGGCCACUAUGACCGCGAACGACGAGAUAGAGAGGAUGAGCGUGAGAAACUCUACCGCCGCAGAGGUGACCCGAGAGGAAGCAUCGAUGAAUUACCUUGGGGCGACGAGAAACCGAGCAGACGACGAAGAGCUGAUAGUGACGGCGAAAGUGCUGGAAGCACAAGGGUAGCAAAGAGAACAAGGAGAGAGAUCACACCACGUGAGCGCUCCCCGAUCCCAGCUCCCCGUGAACGACGUCACAGAACUAGAACGCCUCCCCCGGCAAUACCGCCAAAAGAAGAACCGGCUGUACAUUCAGGUAGUGAAGAAGGCGAGAUUGAAGAAGAGUAGAUCAGUUAGCUGGCUCUUGCUUGCUUGGGGAAAGACUUGUACGUAUUGCACACCAGCACGCUUUCAUGGCAUGAUGACUUCGGCAGAGGGCAUACAGCCACGUGGGUUCAGCACGCAGAUAGAGUUGAAGUGGAUUGAUUUCGAGAUCAACGACUUUUGGUGUGUAUUUUCCUUCCUACAAGUCCAGACAGUCUCGCUAUCUUGACCAUCAGCUGCAUAAAAAUCAUAAUACCCACUAUGUAAAUAAGCAAUGCCAAUUCCAUAGCCUCUACUUUCCCCUCAAUUUGAUUUCAUGAGAUCAUUCCAUGAAAUGGACGGCAGCCACUCACUUGAUCCAUUGCCCCUCAAUCUACUCUGAUCAGCUACCUAUGCUACAAAAAAAAGGUAGUAAUCAAAAUAGGACCAGGCAACAGGGGUAGACUGCCGUCGCCAUCGUUAGUCAUCUGGGUCGUCAUCAUCGCAUGAGGCGCCUUCCUCAUCUAGU